AAAAGAAGCAUGUUAAAUAUGGAAAGUGCGAGUGCCGGCGCCUCGAUUGCGGCCUUAAGCAAAAGCCUCACCACGCCCUUCUCCAUCAAUGAUAUACUGACGCGCAACAAGACGCCCGGUGUCGCCCCCUCCACCGAAACGGAGCACGGCGGCGGCGGCGUCGGCGGCGAUGUGGAGCCAUGUUGUCGCGAUCUCAGCCUGUACAAGCUGGCGGAGCGUGCGGCACAGCCGGGCCAGCAUUCCAGCUAUUUGCAGUAUUAUGCCGCCGCCGCGGCGCUGGAUAACAACAAUCAGCAAUUGGCCAGCUCCAGCUCCGGCUCCGGUUCCUCCUCCUCCGCCGCCGUCGCGCCCGCCGAUUACGUGCAGCGCAAAUUGGGCUACUUUGGCGCCGCUUUGUCCGCGGCAGCCGUUCCGCUAGACAUGCGACGCUGCACCAGCAACGACUCCGACUGCGAUUCGCCGCCGCCUUUGAGCAGCUCGCCCGCCUCUAUGGGCUAUGGGCGUGGCGGGUCGCCGCUCGGCCACGAGGACAGCCUGGCUGGCGGCGGCCCGCUCAGCCGCAAGAAGCGUUCCCGUGCCGCCUUCAGCCACGCCCAGGUUUUUGAGCUGGAACGCCGCUUUGCCCAGCAGCGGUAUCUGUCCGGGCCGGAGCGCAGCGAAAUGGCCAAGACGCUGCGGCUGACGGAGACGCAGGUGAAGAUCUGGUUCCAGAAUCGACGGUACAAGACCAAGCGCAAGCAAAUCCAGCAGCACGAGGCGGCGCUGCUCAGCGCCACGAAGCGUGUGCCCGUCCAGGUGCUCGUCCGCGAGGAUGGCAGCACCGCCUACGCCCAUAUGACGCCCGGCGGAGCAGCCGCCGUCGGAGCUUAUCCGCACGGCCUGGAUCCGGCCCUGCUUAAUAUCUACAGGCAUCAGCUGCAGCUGGCCUACGGCGGGCUGCCGCUGCCCCAGGUCCAUUUCCCGUACUUCUAUCCGCAUCCGAAGGUGCCGCAGCCCAUCCCGCCGCCCAGCCAGCAGAGCGCGGCGCUCUCCGCCAGCUUUGUGACCGGCUCGUCGGCCUCCUCGUCGCCGUCGGCGCGACAACAGCGCAGUCCCUGCCCCAGUCCCAGCCAGGCGCAGGUCUUGUGCCUGGAGAGCGGCGCGGAGAGCAAUCAUUCUGCGGCGGAGGAUUGCGAGGAGAAUGUGGAAAUCGAUUAGACGCGAACAUAUUCUCGGCCUUGUGAUAGCAAUCGAUCUUUACGUAUAGCCCAGGAGGAGGCUGGCCCAGUUGGAGAGAGGGUGAG